AUGGAUGACAUUUACCAGUUUGAGCUCCUCUCUUUGACGUCGACUGUAGCCAAGGAGAUUCUCAAUAAUGCAGGCAUCAACGACAAGACACUCGCAGAGUUCAUAAUCAACCUACACGAACAGUCAAAAACACAGGAUGCAUUUAAACAAAAACUCAAGGACGUCGGCGCAGAUUUCCCAGAGUCGUUCAUCGAGAAUCUGGACAGACUUAUACUCUCUCUCCACCCAAAAUACAAGCGUAAAAAGGCGAAAAAGGCGAAGAAGGAUGGCCAACCGGUAGAUGAGACAGACACCAAGCGCCGUAUGUUCCCUGGACUAUCACUUCCCGACCAGCCGUGGCAGCCAUCGAAUGAGUUUGGAAAGGACAAUAGCAAGGACAAGGAAGUUGAUGGGGGAAAGGAUGCUGCAAGCAAGGAGGUCGAUGAUUUGAUGUCUCAACUAGAGGGCGUGGCAAAGAAAAAAGCAUCGAGGCCCACCGCAGCCGACUUUAUCGAGCCCGAGCCGCCAAGCAAACGCCCGAGGAGAGAUAUGGAGGUCGAUAGCCCACCACGAGGUGGCUAUGGAAGAGACCGGGACGACAGGAGGGACCGGGAUGAACGGGGUGGCUACGGUAGGGACGAGGACCGUGGGCGCCGACCCCGCCCAACAUUUGACGAGGCGCCUGUGCUCUACAAGAUCUACGACGGCACGGUUCAGGGAAUUAAGGACUUUGGCGCGUUUGUUCAACUCGAGGGCGUCCAAGGCCGAGUUCAAGGGAUGGUGCACGUGUCGAUGAUGGCACCUGGAGGCGGCCGUGUAAAUUCGGCGCACGAUUUAUUAUCCAGGAACCAGCGUGUCAAGGUCAAAGUUAUGUCUGUCGGAUCCAGGACUAGUUUGUCUAUGAAGGAUGUCGAUCAAAAAACCGGCCAAGAUCUCACCCCUCAUUUGCGUAUCAAGUCUGAAGCCGAACUUGCCCAAGAAGCAUUGACAGGGUCAAACUCUGCGCCUUUGGGUCAACGAGGGAUGGGCGGAAUGAGCGGCAUCACUUAUGACGAUUCAGCACCUGUGCGCAGCGCAAAACGAUUGACUUCACCUGAGAGAUGGGAGAUCAAACAGUUGAUCGCUUCGGGAGCGGUCGAUGCGAGCGAAUACCCCAACUUGGACGAAGACUUCAAUAACCCUCAUGCCAAGGCCGAAGUCGAAGAGGAACUCGAUGUCGAGGUUCGAGAAGAAGAACCAUCCUUCCUGGCUGGGCAGACUAAAAUGACACUCAACCUCUCACCCGUCAAAAUCGUCAAGGCCCCAGACGGCUCACUCAACCGUGCCGCGCUCGCCGGUGUCUCGCUCGCCAAGGAACGCAGAGAACUCCGACAACAAGAGGUUAACGAGCAGGCCGACUCGGAGGCUCGAGAUUUCAGCACACCUUGGCUGGACCCGAUGUCUCAGGGCGACGACAAGGUCUUUGCUCAGGACACGCGAGGGAACAUCAUGGGUCAAAAAGCGGGCGAAGUUCCCCAGUGGAGAGCCGAGACGUUUAACAAGGCGACCACGUUUGGUAGAAUCACGAGCUUGAGCAUUGCAGAACAAAGGCAAAGUCUGCCUAUUUACAAGCUUCGGGAAAAGUUAGUCCAGGCCGUGAGAGAUCACCAAAUCCUGAUCGUAGUCGGAGAUACUGGCUCGGGCAAAACUACCCAAAUGACCCAGUACCUCGCUGAAGAAGGAUUCGCCGAACAUGGAAAAAUUGGAUGUACCCAACCACGUCGAGUGGCCGCCAUGUCCGUCGCGAAGCGUGUUGCCGAAGAGGUCGGCUGUCGACUUGGCCAGGAAGUCGGGUAUACGAUCCGAUUCGAGGACUGCACGAGCCCCGAGACGAGGAUCAAGUACAUGACCGAUGGUAUGCUUCAGCGUGAAUGCUUGAUCGACCCGGACAUGACUGCGUACUCGGUAUUGAUUCUGGAUGAGGCGCACGAGCGGACGAUCGCGACCGAUGUCUUGUUUGGUUUGUUGAAGAAGAGUGCGAAACGAAGACCAGACUUGAAGAUCAUCGUUACUUCUGCGACACUCAACGCCGAAAAGUUCUCUGAAUACUUCUUCAAAUGUCCCAUCUUCACUAUUCCUGGACGAACAUACCCCGUCGAAAUCCUGUAUACCAAAGAACCCGAAUCGGACUACCUCGACGCAUCACUCAUUACCAUUAUGCAAAUCCAUCUUUCCGAACCUCCAGGCGAUAUCUUGCUUUUCUUGACUGGCCAAGAAGAAAUCGACACGGCUUGUCAAAUUCUCUACGAACGAAUGAAAGCUCUUGGCCCUCAAGUUCCGGAGCUAAUCAUCCUGCCCGUAUACUCGGCUCUGCCUUCCGAGAUGCAGAGUAAGAUUUUCGAACCUGCCCCACCUGGUGCGCGAAAGGUGGUCAUUGCGACGAACAUUGCCGAGACGAGUAUUACCAUCGACGGGAUUUAUUAUGUCAUUGAUCCAGGAUUCGUCAAACAGAAUGCGUACGACCCUAGAUUGGGUAUGGAUUCGCUGGUUGUGACUCCAAUUUCCCAAGCCCAAGCCAACCAACGAGCUGGUCGUGCGGGUCGUACCGGUCCUGGAAAGUGUUACCGCCUUUACACUGAAGUCGCCUUCCGAAACGAAAUGCUUCCCUCUCCGAUCCCCGAUAUUCAACGCCAAAAUCUCUCGCACACAAUCUUGAUGCUCAAAGCCAUGGGCAUCAACGAUCUCAUCAACUUCGGAUUCAUGGACCCUCCGCCAGCCCAAACACUACUCACCGCGCUCGAACAGCUCUAUGCGCUCUCUGCACUCGAUGACGAAGGUCUUCUUACCCGCCUCGGUCGCAAGAUGGCUGAUUUCCCUAUGGAACCUCCAUUGGCCAAGAUGCUGAUCACGAGCGUCGACCUCGGGUGCUCGGAAGAAAUCUUAUCAAUAGUCGCGAUGCUGAGCGUGCAAAAUGUAUUCUACCGUCCUAAGGAAAAACAAGCGCAGGCGGACAGCAAAAAGGCCAAGUUCCACCAACCCGAGGGCGACCAUCUGACGCUUUUGACGGUCUACAACGGUUGGAAGGCCAGCAAGUUCUCGAACCCUUGGUGCUACGAGAAUUUCAUUCAGGCGAGGAGUAUGCGACGUGCACAGGACGUAAGGAAGCAGUUGUUGGGUAUUAUGGAUCGAUACAAGCAUGACAUUAUUUCCUCUGGGAAAGACUACAACCGGGUUCGGCGCGCGAUUUGCUCGGGUUUCUUCCGUAACGCAGCGAAAAAGGAUCCUCAGGAAGGGUACAAGACGCUCGUCGAAGGUACCCCUGUAUACAUUCACCCUUCGUCUGCGUUGUUCAACCGAAACCCGGAAUGGGUCAUCUACAACGAAUUGCUGCUUACAACCCGCGAGUACUGCCAUACCGUGACGGCCAUAGAACCCAAAUGGCUUGUCGAAGUCGCCCCGCAGUUCUUCAAGGUCGCGGAUGCAAACAAGAUAAGUAAACGCAAGAAACAAGAGAAGAUUGAGCCAUUAUACAACAAAUACGAGAAACCGGAUGAAUGGCGUCUCUCAAAAAUCAAGAGGAGCGCGAGGUCCAGUCAAACAUUUGGCUAG